GCGGCGACGGAGGACGGAGUGCAGAGAGGCAAACACAAGAAAAUGGUUUAUAAUAAAAAGUUGACAUGUCAGAUUGAACUGCAGGGGGAAGAAAAGGUGACGGUGAUGGAGCUCCUGAGAUGUUUACGAGAACUGUGCGGGGGACUGAUGACCUGCAGACAGCUGUCAGCGACAAAGUUCAAGGUGACGAUGACCAGAGAAGCCGGACUGAGGCGGCUCCUGGACGGCUUCAAGAUAUGGAGUACUGUGAUAAUUGCCAAAGAACUAACAAAUGAUGAGCUGGUGGUAUCUUUUCUGGCACUGCCAGCUUAUAUAACGGACGAGGAAAUUAUAAAAAAACUAACAAGGAGGGAAGUGACGACGGUGUCAUCAAUUAAAAGGAGGAUGUGGCCCAGAACAAACAUAGAUGAUGGCACAAGGUGCGUGACAGUUAUACUUAAAGAUUAUGUUCAAUCGCUGCCGUAUUCUGCCAAAUUCAUGACUGUUACCAGCCCGGAAUAUGUAAGAGUAAUUCAUGACAGAGAAGGAAGUGGUCUGAGACUCACUCCAGGACCUGGACUUUGUGCAGAUGUGUGAUGAGGACCAGCAGCAGCUGGUCUCUGAGCUGACAGUGACUGAGGUCCAGCUCAGUCAGUCCUUCACAGGAGUCCAGCAUCUGGACCAGACCUCCACAGACCCUCUGGUCCAGUGUGGUGUGACUGAGGUCCAGCUCUCCACCCAGAGCUCCACACAGGGACUCGGCCCGUCUCACUGUGUCCCUCUCAGAGUGGA